AUGACCGUGGUGCGAAUUCCACUGCGUAGUGCAAAGCAUCAUUUUGGAGCUGUGACUGCCCGCGGUACCCGUCCGGCAAAUGAAGAUACUUACCAAGCUGGCGUCAUUGACAUCCCUGCCUUUGCGAAGAGGCCACCUGCGUCCUUGACAAUUAAUCGGAUCAAAAGAUCGGCCUCGUCGACGGAGCCACGUGAGUCUCGAGCUGCAGACACGGCCAAUGGAGAUCCACAAGUGUUCUACUUUGGCAUCUUUGACGGACACGGCGGGUCCGAGUGCAGUACAUUUCUACAAGAUCACCUCCACGAGUACAUCCAGAAUUCUGCUGCAGAGUUCGAGGUCAAGUCUAGUCUUUGCAAACUGCAGCAGCAAGUCGGCAAUGGACCGACGGCCGUAGAUUCGCCCAACUCCAGCGCUCUGCCAGUCAUGCAGGAAGCCAAUCGUCAGCGAAUUGGCGACCUGGAAAAGAAUCUGGUGCAGAACUGGCGUCGCUUGGUCGGCGGUUAUUUCAAGCGCUUCAAGCCAUCUCAUUUUGCAUACCACGACUCGGAUGUUCCCGCCGAAGACUCUCAAAUCCAAGGCCACGUGACGAUCGAAGAGGUCCUCGAAUAUGCUUUUCUCCGCACCGACUUGGAUUUCGUGAAAGCGCAGGCCGCCAAGCGUGAUGACGAUCUCGUUCUUGCCGAGAAGCCUUUGAACGAGGACGAAAUCCUCUACAGUCCCAGCUUGACUAGAACUCCGAAGAUCGGCGGGAGGUCCAGAUUUAAAGGCGGCAGCACCGGUAGCGUUGCUAUGAUAUCGACUCCUACAUCCACGCCUUUCUGGCAUCCGACUGGGUCGUCGAGCCUUAUAGUGGCUCAUGUAGGUGAUACUCGAGUUUUACUUUGUUCAACCAUCGACGGACAAGCCAUACCUCUCACCUCGAAUCACCAUCCCUCCUCCCCCAUUGAAGCGGGUCGUCUCCGUCGCUAUGCCGCUACCUUUGUGACGGAUUCCUUUGGAGAGGAACGCAUGAGCGGGCUGGCCAAUACUCGCGCCUUCGGAGACGUGCAAUCCAAGCGGAUUGGCGUCUCUGCCGAACCAGAACUGUGCCGUGUUGAACUGGGCCCAGCGGAGUUUUCCUUCAUGGUUCUGGUGUCUGACGGGAUCAGCGGCACUCUCCAAGACCAAGAAAUUGUGGACAUUGUCAAAGAGGCCCGCACUCCAGAACAAGGGGCACGCGAUGUGGUUAGCUUCGCCACCGAGGUCACCAAGGAAGGCGACAAUGCUACUUGCCUGGUUGUGCGACUUGGUGGCUGGGAGCGACGACUAGAAGGAGGCGUCGGUAGCUUGGGUACUAAGGAAUCUCGCGAUUGGCGACGAGAAGACGCCACUGACCCGCGCAGGUCACGGAGGUGA